AAGCAGCGCAUGAAAGCAUCACCUCUGCGCUCAUAGCUUUUCUAAUACAUAUAUAUUCUGUGUAUCUACACUAUCCCCACCUGCUGCUACCAUCAAAGAAACUUACAAUGCCUCCGAUCGGUCUUUUCUUCUUUUUCCUGGGUUUGGUUGUGGCUCCUGACAUAACAAUUGAGACAACAACAGGGAACUGGCUUUCCACAACUUCAAAUGACUUUAGCAAUUAUUCCGCCACUGUGACACCCCUCGACGUCACCACCGAUGUCACCAUAACCACCAGCUACACUGUCAUGAACACCACCGAGGGCAACAGCACCAUCUUACCUUCAACAACAGUGCAGAAUGGUGGGGGAAGCUCUAAAAGUGGCAAAGAAACCCCACCCCCAAUCACCACGCCUAAACCCACAACAUCUGUCACCACAACAAACAAGAAGAACAAGGACAAAGAGACCACUGCCAAGCCAGCUAAAUCGACAGCAGGUGACAGCACCGGCAUUAUCAUCCUAGUUGUGAUCAUCCUCGUAGCCCUUGGAUUUGGAGUUGCCUGCUUCCUACGGAAUAGAAGAAGGCGUAACUCUGUCAACUUCACCUCCAGACCGGAUGAAACCAACAUCCCUCUCAACUCUGUGGAGCCGAUUGAUGCUGUACCUCAGAACGGUCUGCAAACAUUUGAAAGUCCAGAAACUACAAAAGAGCCGGAGGAACCAGAGGCCAAACUUGAAGUACAGGAGGAGCAGAAAGCUGAGGCUGGUAAAUCUGUUGUUGAUCCCAGCGCUGAGUCUGCGGCUCCGGUGCCAACCCCAGACAGCUCUGAGGACAAACCCAAAGAGGACGUCGUUGAGCAGAGUCCCCCCGCACCUGUGGAGCCGAGUGUGGAGGAGAAAACCGAUGACGAAGGCGCCGUCUCCAACAAGACCUCUGUGGAGUCGCUGAAGGGGACGAAUGAGAACAACAGCAACAAUGCUGCCUUCAGUCAGACUAGAGAUGCGCAGAGGAGCAUCAACUUCUGGGACGUUCCUCUCGAUUGUCCGGUGUGAGACAUUUCGCCUAUCUGCCCCUGUGCCGUUCUUGGGGAACUCAGUAAGAGCACAGUGGACAGACGUUCUGCUGCAGCUGCUGCAGCUGCUCAGCCAGCUCAGGUGUAACCCCCCCACCCCACCCCAGCCUGCCCUGCAGGUCGGCAGGCAUCAUGAAUGACCACUGGGAGUGCUGUGUUACAGCUUCUCGUCCUGAAUUAAAAGAAUUUAAAAUAGGGAAGUUAUAACCAUUAAAUCUAAAAUUAUAAAGUGUGCUUGUCUCCAAAAUUGUAAAUCACAUUGACAGUCUGACAUGCAGUAGUUUAUAAAUAUGUACUGGAAGCUACACCCAUAAACUUUGCCACUCUGGCCAUUGAACAAGUCAGUUUCACAACAUACAGUAUAUCAUUCAAAGUGUUACUACUUUUCUUUUGAUUGCUUUGCUAAUGGAUUCUUUUUAAUUACUUUUUUGUGUGAAGUAGCUAUAGCUGUCAGCAAUAAUAUUACAUCAAGGUCCACUUUUUAGCAUUUUCCCGAUCUAUUAACUGUGUUUCACAGUCUCCAUCUACAUUACGAUGUGACCACUCUUAGGUUAUAAGCAACUCAAUCCUCGGAUGAAGGGAAAAGCUCAUAAGUGGAAAAGCUCUAGUGGUUCUAGAGUUGAGAUUUCUUUAUUGAAACGAUCCUUUUCAGGGUCAAAACUUAAUUUUCAUGCUCAUCUACAGGUCUAUAUGCUCUAGAUAAUUGGGGAAAAAGCAGUUGUUCCUUUACUUAAUUAAUGCACCUCUAUUCCAUUAAAUUUGUAUGUAAACCACA